UACGUCACAGACCAGCUGCAGUGACGCGCCGGGCGCAGCCGUCAUAGAGCGCCCGACGGGAAGGGUCACGCGAUCGCGGCGAUGGCUGGAGCUGGCGUAAUGGAACAAGCACAGGAUCCAGCUGUGCAAGAAGAUGAAAAUAUUAAAGCUAUUAAAGAAGCGUACAAGAAAGCCUUUUCUUUUGUCAAUAAAGGACUGAAUACAGAUGAACUGGGUCAAAAGGAAGAGGCAAGAAACUAUUACAAACAAGGUCUUGACCACUUGCUCAGAGGAGUUAGCAUUCCAUCACAAGGUCCUGAAUGUACAGGAUCAGAGUGGCAGUCUGCCAGAAAAAUGCAGCAAAAGAUGCAGGAGACUUUACAAAACGUUCACACUCGAUUGAAUCUUCUAGACCAGAAUAUUCCUGCUGUGCAAAUUAAUCCCAGUGCAGUAAGUGCCUCUGCAGAGGUGCCUAAAUUAUACCCAGUUAUUCCUGCUAAAGAAAAGCCAGAAAGGCCCCCUGCACCUGCCUUUCCUAUUCCACCAUCUCAGCUCCCUGCAGCAGCUGAAAACACUACAACUGCAGGCCAGGGGCAACUUCCAGCUGUGAGUCCUUCAUCUCCAAACACUUACCCUUUGCCAAGUGAAGCACCUCCUGCAUAUACUCCUCAAGCUACUGAUGGACACUACACUGUAUCUUAUGGUACAGAUUCUGGAGAGUUUUCCUCCGUAGGAGAAGAAUACUAUAAAAAGUGUACUCAGCCUCCUUCACUUGAAAGUUUAGGGGUAGAUGCAGAUGAGUUGAUUUUGAUUCCCCAAGGAGUACAGAUUUUCUUUGUGACUCCUGAUGGGCAGGUUAGCGCUCCCUCAUACCCUGGAUAUCUACGCAUCAUUAAAUUUUUGGAUACUGACAGUGAGAUGGCCCGGAAUCGUCCACCUGCAUUUCUCCAGGUUUGUGACUGGCUAUAUCCGCUUAUGUGUGAUCAGUCUCCUGUUCUCUGCUGCAAUUCUGGAGUCUACAUGUUCCCUGACAUGAUGUCACAGGUGCCAGGAUCGCAUGUGGGUGUAGUGUUGUCUUCAGAACUCCCAGCAGCUGACAGAGAGCUCUUUGAAGAUCUGUUAAAACAGAUGUCUGAUCUAAGAAUCCAGGUGCCAGGAUCCCAUGAGAGGGUAGGGUUAUCUUCAGAGCUCCCAGCAGAUCAUUUUGAGGAUAUAUUAAAACAGAUGUCUGACCUCACAGUUCAGCCUUCGGAAGCUUCAGGUGAUGUGAUUAACCUGGCCCAAACUGUCCACAUUCAGCCACAGCCUGAAAGUGGGGAGAGAGAGAGAGUAUUGCCAGAAUGGAGUGAGAAAGUAGCCCAUGGAAUCUUAUCAGGGGCAUCCUGGGUAAGCUGGGGCCUAAUAAAAGGAGCUGAAUACACUGGCAAAGCCAUCCACAAAGGAGCUUCUAAAUUGCGAGAACACAUUCAACCAGAAGAAAAACCUCUGGAAAUCAAUCCAACUGUAGCAAAAGGGCUUCAUGUGGCAAAGCAAGCUACUGGGGGAGCUGUGAAAGUCAGCCAAUUUUUAGUUGAAGGAGUGUGUUCUAUAGCAAGUUGUGUUGGAAAAGAGUUAGCCCCACAUGUGAAGAAGCACGGAAGCAAAUUAGUUCCAGAGUCCCUUAAGAAGGACAAAGAUGGGAAAUCCACUUUUGAUGGUGCCUUGGUGGUAGCAGCAAGUGGAAUUCAAGGAUUUUCAACGGUGUGGCAAGGUUUGGAAUCUGCAGCAAAAUGCAUUGCUAAAAGUGUUUCUUCUGAGACUGUAAACACUGUCAAAUACAAGUAUGGAGAUGAUGCCGGCCAUGCUACAGAUAACGCUGUGAAUUCUGCAAUCAACGUAGGAGUGACAGCAUUUAACAUUGACAACAUUGGCAUCAAGGCUAUGGUGAAGAAAACUGCAAAGGAGACUGGCCAUGCUGUGUUGGAUGAAUAUAAAGUACUGGAAAAGGAAAAGAAGGAAAAAAAGGAUGAAACAUGAAACCACUGAAUUAAUUUCUUAAAGCCUUACAGUAUAGAGUUAACUUACUUUAAAUGAAAGUAUUGCUAACCUGUAAUUUAACAUAAAUUUAUCUUUUAUUUUUCUAACUUAUUGAAACUUGCACUUGAUGUAAUAGUUUUCUCUUUCUUUAGCCUUUCCUCCAGUGAUGUGGCAGUCUAACCACUAGAAGAUUAUAUAUUUGCAGUGAAUUGUGCUAUCUUUAAAAAUAAAUUUCCAGAUGCACUUUUUUUCAAAAUAUUAAAAUGCAGCACUAAGAUAAAUAAUCUAAUCUUAAUUUAUUCUGAGUAUUUUUGUAAAUUCAUAGUUGCAGAGAUGGCACUGAGUAAAGCUAUUAGAGUUUAUAAUUAUAUUUUUCAUUAUGGUUUUAAUUAAUUUCAGCAAGCCAGAAAGGGCAUAAGAUCAACAAUUACAUGAUUAUUAGCAGGACAAAAGACUAUUCUCUAGAACCCAAGGAAUAGAAUCCAGAGCUAAUUUCAGCAGUGCAUGUAUUUAUAUAAGACCAAAACUCAUAAGGAAAUGAAAGAUGAGCCUCAGGUAACUGUAGCCACCCCUUUUUGAAUUAAAAGUUUAUCAGAUUUACAAACCAAAGAUUUGACUACACUGUUUAAAGUUACAAGUCACCUUUGAAAGAGGAACACUUGAAAACCCAGAAAUAGUCAAUAGGAGGAACAUUAAUCAUUUUGUGAGAGCUGAAUUUGUUUCCUUUUCAAAUUCAGUCUUAUAUAAACUAGACUAUAUUUCCUCUGAUCAUAUAAGUCUGUAGACUCCAGCUAGAAAACUGUUCUGAAUAAAGGCUUUCAUUUACCUUUUAUUUGCUCUGCUUUACGAUCAAGCUACUAUAAUGGCAGUGUCUUCAGAAGGAUCUGUAAUAGUGUAACAAUGGAUAGUGUUGCCCUCUAAUGGAAUGUAAAUGAAUUUCAUUUAAAUUGUUUAGUGCUAGAUACUGAAGCAAAUACUGAAGGGCAGUAUCCUUAUUAACAGGGAACUUUCAGUCUUGUUAAGAGUACAGGGUUAAGACAUGACCACACAAUUUAAGUGCUGGAGGGGGGAGAGAAACCCAGGAAAAGUAACUUGCUUUAUUUUGCCAGGUUUCUAAGGGGAGAAGAAAUUGACAUUUCUUGUACAGUUUGCUGUAUGGCAACUCCAUACAUAGGGUUUUGUGAACAAGCUGAGAGAGACUGCACGGCUACUGGCUUAAAAGUUGUGUGGUGGGUUUCACAACCCUGAUAUGCUCUAACCUUGACUGAGCCUGCACUGUGAACAAAAGUGCCGCGUUUAUAAUCCGUCUACAUUCCAUCCUAAUGGGAGCUGCUACUUUUAUAAAUAACUGGCUGUUAAGUGAUACAUACUGAUCAGACUUCAACAUAUACAGCUAUUAAAAAAAUAAAUAAUAUAUAUAUACAGGAGGAAGUGGAGCAUUUUUGGCUGUCUGUUGCAUGCAUGCACCUGCUGGUGAUGAGAAGCUGAGGACGAAAGAGUAAUCACAUGAAGUGCAAUUUAUGGAGUGUCUUAUUGAAUAAAAUUG